AUGGAAACGGUGGAGUCAGAAGUUUUUGACCUGGAGAACCGAUUGGAGAAGCUAGUAAAGCUCUCCUCCCAUAUGGUGGACGGAGGACGUCAGUACUGCACCAGUAGCCGCCACUUUGUCUGCGCCUUGCGCGACUUGUCCCACCAUUCACAGGAGGACACCAUGCUGAAGGAUUGCUUGGAGUGUUUCUCGGACAGUCUGAAUACAAUUAUAGACAAUCACAUGGAGCUCCUGGACUCCAUCCAAAAAAGCUUCAAACACAAACUGCAUCAUCUCCUGAAAGAAGACAUACGCUCCUUCCGAGACAGCCGCAAGGAAUUGGAACGCUGCAGAGAGGGCCUGGAGGGCGCCUUAAACCACAACGCCGAGAUUUCUCGCAAGAAGGCGCAGGAAGUGCAGGAAGCGGCGGUGGCGGUGCAGACUUCCCGCAAGGCGUUCAGAGAGCGAGUUCUGGAUUAUGCGCUGCAGAUCAACGUCAUCCAAGGGAAGAAGAAGUUCGACAUUUUGGAGUUUAUGCUGCAGCUGAUAGACGCUCAGACUUGUUUCCUCACACAGAGUCACACCGUCCUGAAGAACGUGGAGGAAUAUCGGAAGGGCCUGGCCACACAGGUCCAUCAGACGGUCCUACAAGGUGCUCGGGAGCAGAGAGAUCUGGAGCAGAAACUGAUCAGCAUGAAACACAAGGAUGUUUCGGAUGAGGAUGCCGUCUACCAGGGUGAGGGAGAAACCUCAGAGAUUGUGAUUGAAGGUUACCUCUUUAAGCGGGCCAGUAACACCUUUAAGACCUGGAGCCGUCGGUGGUUUUCCAUUCAGAACAAUCAGCUGGUUUAUCAAAAGAAGGUGGAUGUUGUGACCGUCGUCAUCAUGGACCUCCGGCUCUGCGCAGUCAAGUUGUGUCCCGAUGCCGACAAGCGGUUCUGCUUUGAGGUUGUGUCACCAUCAAAGUCCUGCAUGCUGCAGGCAGAGUCUGAGCGCGUCCUGCAGCUGUGGGUGAGCGCGGGUUCAGAGGAGCAUCACAACGGCGUACAGUGAGAAUAAGAGGGACAGCGGCAGUUUUAGAUUGCCCCGUUCACCAGCCGAGGCUCCAGCACCGCAGAAGGGAGGAGUGCCGUGUGCACAGGAUGCCAUACUGAGAGUAGCCGGGAAUGCGGCCUGCUGUGACUGCAGAGCCGCCGAGCCAGAGUGGGCGAGCAUCAACCUAGGGGUGACCCUGUGCAUCGAGUGCAGCGGAAUUCACAGGAGCCUAGGCGUCCAUUUCUCCAAGGUCCGGUCAUUAACACUUGACACCUGGGAGCCAGAGCUUGUAAAGCUGAUGUGUGAACUUGGGAACCACAUUAUCAAUGCCAUCUACGAGGCUCGCAUUGAUGAGAUGAACAUAAAGAAACCAACAUCUUCCAGCACACGCAGCGAGAAGGAAAUCUGGAUCAGAGCAAAAUAUGUGGAGAAGAAGUUUAUCACCAAACUUCCCCAGAUGGCUCUGCGCAGCAACCCGCAUCAAGGCAACCUGCCUGCCCGUCCAAUCAGCAACCCAGAGAGCAGGACCCUGGAGGUCAGACCCUCUACUAUGUCCAGAAAGUGGCCACCCAUCAGUAUGGAGAAAGAGAGCAGCCGGAUGGAUGGUAGUCCCAAAAAGGCCAACAGAGAGGUGGAGCCUGAGCUUAACCGACCAAUCAGCCGACUACACAGGCCCCUUAAACCUCACCUGAAACCAAAGCCAGGGACAGCUCCUCCCCCACCCAGUGCUGCCAUGUCUGGAACAGGUGAUGGGAGUGACGUGCAAAACCUACACCCUGGGGCACUUCUGUACCGUGCCGCUGAACACCGAUAUCUUCCCACCAUGGCAGACGCCCUGGCGCAUGGUGCGGAUGUGAACUGGGUACGCAGUGACAAGGAUGGACGGACACCACUAAUCCAAGCUGUGCUCUCUGAUUCUCUUGUUGCCUGUGAGUUUCUUCUGCAGAAUGGGGCAAGUGUCAAUCAAGCUGAUAAAGAUGGUCGAGGACCCCUCCAUCACGCCACGCUGCAGGGCUACACGGGGUUGGCUUGUUUGUUUUCUGAAGAGAGGGGCUGACAUUAACGCCUUGGAUAAUGAACGGAAAGACGUCCUCUCCAUCGCAAUAGAAAAAGCCAAUGCUGACAUUGUAACACUGCUGAGAUUGGUGAAGAUGAGGGAGGCGGACAUCGCUCUUGGCCAGGCCGGAGACGAGACGUACACGGAUAUAUUCCGGGAUUUCUCUCUGAUGGCGUCGGAUUCCCCGGAGAAGUUGGCUCGGAGAUCCUACGAUCUGCGCCUGAGCACUCUGUGA